CGCCAUUUUGGAGCUCCGGAUGAGGAGAGGAAAAGUGGGGGAAAAGAGGGAAAAGAGCCUGGGGUGGGCAAGAACAAGGGCGAGGGCACGGCCGGGCUCCUGGCCGGCCAAAGGAGGCUCGCGGAAGCAGCAGCCGCCGCCCGACCGCAGAAUAUUGGAAACUUUUUCACUGCCAAGAGAAAUCAUUACUUUGCUUCACCAAGAAAGAGAAGUGUUUGAUACUAUAUACUUUCAUUCUUGGCCACAGCUGGAUUUGAAGAUUGAUCCAGGGGACUGUGUUAAUUUCAGGAAUUGAUUUGAAAGACACUGGCUCUGCCACUUAACAGCCAUGUAACCUUGGAUAUGGAAGAAAGCAACAGUGUUGUCAUGUUGGUGCCAGAUAUUAGGGAACAGGAAGCUAUACUAACUGCUGAAACUGUCAUCAGUUCAUCUUUGGAAAAUGAUGAACAAAGAAAAGCUAAAACAGAUCCAUUAAUCCAUGUUAUCCAGAAAUUAAGCAAAAUAGUGGAAAAUGAAAAGUCACAAAAGUGUCUUUUAAUCGGGAGAAAACGUUCACGUUCAAGUGCUACAGUGCACACUCAUGAAACUCAAGAACUUUGUGAGAUUCCAGCUAAAGUAACCCCGACGCCUGCUGUUGAUAUUAGAAGAGCUGACAUGUCACAAAUGCAUUUUACUCCUGACUCUCUUGCGCAGAAUGAUGGGAAGGCUAUGUCUUACCAGUGUAGCCUUUGUAAGUUUCUGUCAUCAUCUUUUUCUGUGUUAAAAGAUCAUAUCAAGCAGCAUGGUCAGCAGAAUGAAGUGAUACUAAUGUGCUCAGAGUGCCAUAUUACAUCUAAAAGCCAAGAGGAACUUGAAGCUCAUGUGGUAAAUGACCACGAAAAUGAUGCCAACAGUCACACACAGUCCAAAGCCCAACAGUGUGUAAGCCCCUCCAACUCUUUGUGUCAGGGAACCACAGAAAGAAACAGUGAAACCAUUCCUGACAUCCCAGUAAGUAUGGACAGUCCCCAAACUCAAAGUGUCCCCACUGCAUCGAUGGUGGAAAUGGGUAGGAGGAAAUGGUAUGCCUAUGAACAGUAUGGCAUGUAUCGGUGCUUAUUCUGUAGUUAUACUUGUGGCCAGCAGAGAAUGUUGAAAACACAUGCUUGGAAACAUGCUGGGGAAGUUGAUUGCUCCUAUCCAAUCUUUGAAAAUGAAAAUGAGCCCUUAGGCUUGCUGGAUUCUUCAGUGGCUGCAGCACCCAGUGCGGUUGGUGCAGUAGUCAUUGCUAUUGGAGACAGUGAACUGAGUAUCCACAACGGGCCUUCAGUACAGGUGCAGAUUUGCAGCUCAGAACAAUUGUCAUCUUCAUCUCCUUUAGAACAGCCCAUGGAAGGAGGUGUUCACGUAAGUCAGUCAGUUACCCUUGACUCUAAUGAGGAAGAAAUGCUAGAGGUGAUUUCUGACAUGGAGGAAAAUCUGAUUGCUGAUAGCCUACUUUCCUCAGCACAGAAAAUCAUUAGCAGUAGCCCAAAUAAAAAAGGUCAUGUUAAUGUGAUAGUGGAGCGUUUGCCAAGUGCUGAAGAAACUCUUUCACAGAAACAUUUCCUCAUGAGUGCUGAAAUUGAAGAGGGGAAGAACCUGAGCUCUGCAGAAGCCCAGAUGGAAUGUGAAGGGAGAGAUGAAGUUUAUCAUGCUGACAAGUGUGCUGUUGAUAUUGGGGGACUGAUCAUAGGCUGGAGCAAUCCAGAGAAGAAAGAGAGUGAGUUAAUAAAUAAAGGACUGGCUACUGAUGAGAACGCACCACCAGGCCGAAGAAGGACAAAUUCUGAGUCUCUUAGACUACACUCAUUAGCUGCAGAAGCCCUGGUCACAAUGCCUAUAAGAGCAGCGGAACUAACAAGAGCCAACCUUGGGCACUAUGGAAAUAUAAACCUUUUAGCCCCAGAUACUGGACAAAGGCAAGUAGAUAGUACAUUAGCAGCAUACUCUAAAAUGAUGUCACCACUUAAAAACUCCUCAGAUGGAUUAACUAGUUUUAACCAAAGCAACUCUACCUUGGUAGCACUCCCAGAGGCGAGGCAAGAAUUGUCAGAUGGGCAAGUUAAGACAGGCAUCAGCAUGUCCUUACUCACUGUAAUUGAAAAAUUGAGGGAAAGGACAGACCAAAAUGCUUCAGAUGAUGACAUUUUGAAAGAGUUGCAGGAUAAUGCCCAGUACCAACCCAACAGCGAUACAAGUUUGUCAGGAAGCAGUGUAGUAGAAUACAUCCCCAACACUGAUCGGCCCUACCGCUGCCGCUUGUGUCACUAUGCCAGUGGUAACAAAGGCUACAUCAAGCAGCACCUGCGAGUCCAUCGACAGAGACAGCCAUAUCAGUGUCCUAUCUGCGAGCACAUAGCUGACAACAGCAAAGAUUUGGAGAACCACAUGAUCAACCACUGUAAAACCAGACUAUACCAGUGCAAGCAGUGUGAGGAGUCUUUUCAUUAUAAGAGUCAGCUGAGGAACCAUGAGAGAGAGCAACACAGUCUUCUAGAUACUUUGUCAGUAGCAACGUCUAAUGAGUCAAGAAUUUACACUGAUACAACUGAUGGCAAAUGUGUUCAGGAAGGAAAUAAAUCUUCAGUCCAGAAACAGUAUAGAUGUGAUGUGUGUGAUUAUACAAGUACAACAUAUGUUGGUGUCAGAAACCACAGACGAAUCCAUAACUCAGAUAAGCCGUACAGACUCAUAGGAUCGGUUGCAGUUGUCCCAGGGUCUUCCUACCAGUGGACACCAUCCUAUGAGAAUCCUCUUUCUGUUACAUCAAGGGAGUCUCAAUGCUCUCUGUGUGGGUAUGUAUGCAGCCAUCCUCCUUCUUUGAAGUCUCAUAUGUGGAAGCAUGCCAGUGACCAAAAUUAUAACUAUGAACAAGUAAACAAGGCUAUUAAUGAUGCGAUUUCACAAAGUGGCAGAGUUCUGGGUAAAUCCUCUGAAAAGACUCCACUACACAGGAGUGAGGAAAGAGCCGAUCCUGUCACUGGAUGUUCAGAAAAUUUGGUGUCAUCCUCAGAGCUGAUUUCCCAGACUCCUGGUGAAGUUAAAGGUCCCAGUGAGAAUGAGAAAUUGAGCCCUACAAGUAAUACCUCAUAUAGUUUAGAAAAAAACUCGAGUCCGGCCCCUCAUGGUACGGAAUAUUGCGUUUUACUCUUCUGUUGUUGUAUUUGUGGGUUCGAAUCUACCAGCAAAGAGAAUCUCUUGGAUCAUAUGAAAGAGCAUGAGGGUGAAAUCGUAAACAUCAUCCUAAAUAAAGACCACAGCACAACUCUAAACACAAAUUAGAUUGAAUAAUUACUUGAAGAGGAGUAUGCUAGAAGAGGAAUCCUUUAUACCACAAUUCCACUUUUGUGCUAUCAGUACUUAAAAGACACAAAAGAAAUAGUUAUUGAUUUUUGGGGAAAUGACAGAUGUGGCUUUAGAACCAAAUUUGUAAUGUAAUAAAAGGAAUUCCAAAUGGAUAAGCAGUAAUAAUAUUUAAAUAUUUUCAGUGAGAGGAAGUAAGUUGAGGUAGAAGCAAAGAUGUAAUCCUGUAUUAUUAACCCUUGUUACCUCUUUUAGCAUUGAGUGUAUUUAUUAGUAAAAGCUUAUAGUGUACAAAUGCAAGUGAAAAAGUUGAAAAAGAGCUUUCAAGUCUAAAACAUACUGUUAAGAAAGUGUCACAGUCUUAAGCAGAGCUUAGUUUUCUUCAUUCUCAAUUUUGACAGGCCUCUUGUGAGAAAUGGGAGUCAUUUCUCUUGAGGGGUUUUCAGCGUUGCCAAGAGUCAACAAGGAAGAAAUAUCAUCAGAGGGCUUUGAAAUGAUCUACCUAAAUCUUUCCCCAAACUUACAGGAAUUAAUCAUAUACUCAAUCUAAGAUAUAUUAGUUUACUGAAAGAAAGAAAGAAAACCUCUAAAUCCAAAUCUGGACUGUAAAUAGGAAUUUAAGAUGUAAAUUAUUGUCUUAAUUUUAAAGCAAAUUUCUUGUGGGCAAAGGAGGAAAUAGGUGAAUUCCCACCAACUCAAACCAAAUCUCAAGGUUCAUAAAAAUGGUAAUUCAUUGAGCAUAGUGCACUUCCCAGAGGUUCUUUUCAGAGUGUUAGAACACUGCAAUUUUCUCAGUAGUUCAUAGGCUGCCUCAUCCUCUCUUCUAAACUAAAACAAGCUUGUUAUCUGAGUCUAUUUAAAGCAACCAACAAUAAAAACUUGCAUCUGAUCAUCAGACCUUGGAAAUAGUUUGAACUCAAAUAAAAACCAUUUGGGGGAACAGGGUGAAAUUUAGAAGUCCUUUAGAAUGAGUAUUGUUAUUGAGAUUUUACUUCUGGAUUUUAAUUUUGUUACACUUAACAUAAGAGGCAUAAUCAAGUGUGGCUAAAUAAAGUAAAAAUUCAGGUUGCUUAUAAAGCUUGUAAUAACAAACAUUUUGCAAGUCUACAGGGUUUCUCCUGUCUAGAAAACUCCAUUUUGUUAGUGUGCAAUGUGGAAAACCAACUA